AUGAAAGAAGGAAUGGAUUGGGAUUUGAAACAACUGAAACCAGUUGAAAAUACUCCAGCAGAAGAGAAUUCAGCAAUUGUAGCUGAUGCUUGGAAGUCUAAACAAGUGACUCAUGUAUUAAUAUGCUUCCUUAUUACUGCAAUUGUUUUGAUUUCGAUUUCAUUUGUUGGUCCACCUUCUUCUAUUAAAUCAUCAUCUACUUCCAAAUUACCAGUGUAUGCUGGAAGUGGUCCUUUUGAUAUGAAACUCGCUGUAACAAAAGUUUCACCAUUUAAUCAAAAAAUUUCAGUUUUCGUUCGUUUUCUUACCAGUGAAGCUAUGUACGAUUAUGCAAAACCAUUUGUAAAUAGUGGAAAGAUGCUUUUCACUCCAAAAGUACAAAACAAAUCCCUUCCAACUCGAAUUAUGAAAUUUUCGAAUCUUACAUUCGACAUAUAUAGCAGAAAAUAUGUUGAACUAUUCGAAGAAAACAUGAUUUAUUUCGAUGAAUUUGAUUUAGUGACAUCUUUUGAAAAAGGUUGCGAAUCUUGCGUCGAAAUGGAGUAUGCAACAGUUUAUACAUCAGUUUCGUCAACAUUUUAUGAUAUAUGGACUCGACUUGCAUUUACUAUUGCUCUUUCAAUAAUUUUAUUUAGAAGUUCAACAUAUAAUUUUAUUUCGACUCUCCCUUACAAGACAAACACUUACUUAUUGCUUUUCAUCGUAAUUUUAGCUAAUAAUCCAUUGCAUAUACUCAGUUUCUCUUUUUUGAGCCAAUAUUUCUAUUUAUAUGAUAAAAUUAUAGAAAUCGUUGAGCAGUCGUUUAUUAUCUACUAUUCACUUUGGAUUAUUCAGACACUUACUGAUUCUCAAAUUUCUGCUUCUUUCUUUGGAAUGAUUUCAAUUUCGAUCUUAGGCUUUAAUUUAUACAAUAACUACUACCCCGAAAUAGUUAUUGGAUCAGGAAAUACUAUUACCCCUGAGAUGGAACUCGGUUUAUAUACAGGAGCCAUUUUAUUGGUUGGAUUAGUACUUUCUUUCUUCAUAACAACUGAUUUACCAGAUCUACAAGAGCGCAGCAGGAGAUUAGUUUACUUUGCAACCAUUUUUAUUACAAGAAUUCCAUUUUAUUUAGCAAUCUUCGUUCCAAAGAAAUUCCUACCGAACCAAACAUCUUUGGUAUUAAAAUAUCUUUCAAAUAACUUGUUUGCAGCGUUAAUGCUUUUCAUAAACCUCAAAUUACCUUGGAAAGCACUUAAUUCUUACGUUGAUCCUUCAGAACAGCCAGAUGGAAUAGAAGAGUUGCAGCCACAAGAACUAGCAGCUUAA